AUGGAAGAAAAUAAACUCACUAGAGUGGUCAUCAAAUCCAUUGGACGGGAGGUCGUGCAUGCCAAAGUCGGAAAGGACCUGCAGGAUUUCGGUGUACACAAAAGCCUUAUCUGCCACUUCUCCCCAUUUUUCAAGGCUGCAUUUACUUCCGGCUUUGAAGAAACCACCACUGGCAUAAUCAAACUUGCCGAUGUCGAUGUUGAAGUUUUCGAGUUAUUUUUCAGGUGGCUAUACACGCAACAAAUCGGCGAGGCCGAACAAGAUGAAGUUGAAUUCGCUCUGUCGAUUGAUGAUGCGAAAACUAGCCAUGACUAUAAACUUCAUGUUGGCACUCUCUUACGACUCUACAUCUUCGCGGACAUGAUUAAAGUACCGACUCUCAAAAAUGACUGCAUCGAGAAGGUCUCUCGUAUGGGCUCUUCCGAAAAGGAAUACUUAACCGAGUCUGAAAAUGUUCAUUAUGUUUGGGAGCAUACGAGAGAGGGGGAUUUGAUCCGCAAGCUUUUUAUCGAUACGAUUAUUUGGGACUUGGGGGUAACAUCAUUCAGCAAAACUCUUGAUCAACUUUCUGAGGAAGUGAGAUUUGCCAUUUUUCUUGCCAUGAAAAGAGUUAUUGAUAAUGCUCGCACAGAAAUAAAGGAGAUGGGGAAGAAAAAAAGAAGAUUCAAGACUCUCGCGUCUUUGGAUAGUCCUUUAGAAGAUUCAAGUAACUAUCAUGAGAGAAUCAGCGCAGAAAACAGCAAAGAUGGAGAUGUUGUAUCUGAAUCUAGGGCCGAGGUCUCCGAUCAGAACAUGUAUGAGGUCGAGGAAAUUUUGGAUUCUAAAUGGGUGUAUGGCGGGAUAUGUUACAAGGCGAAAUGGGUUGGCCAUAAGCACGAUGAUCAAUAUUAUUCGGCGGAGAAUUUUGGAGGCGCUCAGGAACUUGUGAAGGAAUUUCAUCUGAAAUACCCACACAAGCCUAAUUCUGGGUCGUACUACUAG